CAUGAGUUUCUCGCAGUCUCGCGGAUUCGAGAACGCUGCCCGGAGAAUCACCGCGCUCGCGGACGGACUCAAUUGCAAAUGCGCCGGCGAACCCCGUCCCCAUUCUAGGUCCAUCGCCACCAGCUGCAGGGCCGUGUUGUUGCCGCGGUUCGGCGGGCCGGAGGCGUUGGUGCUCCGCGACAAUGUGGAGGUCCCUGAUCUUAAGCCGAAUGAGGUUCUCGUUCGCGCUCGCGCCGUGUCCAUCAAUCCGCUUGAUACUAGGAUGCGUUCUGGAUACGGUCGCUCAAUAUUUGAACCACUUCUACCUCUCAUUUUGGGUCGUGAUAUCAGUGGAGAGGUUGCAGCAGUCGGAGCUUCAGUUCGGUCUUUAACUGUAGGCCAAGAAGUUUUUGGUGCAUUGCAUCCUACUGCUGUUAGGGGCACUUACACCGACUAUGCAAUACUGUCGGAAGAUGAGCUUACUCAGAAACCAGAGUCAAUUACACACGAGGAAGCGUCGGUCAUCCCUUUUGCUGCACUGACUGCAUGGAGAGCUUUAAAAAGCACUGCUAGGAUAAGUGAAGGGCAAAGGGUGCUAGUUAUUGGUGGUGGAGGAGCAGUAGGUUUUGCAGCAAUUCAGCUUGCAAUGGCUAAUGGGUGCCGAGUUGUAACCACUUGUGGCAGCCAAAGCGUUGAUCGGGCUUUGGCAACUGGUGCUGAGCAGGCUGUUGACUACACAGCCAAGGAUAUCGAAUUGGCAAUAAAAGGGAAGUUUGAUGCGGUUUUAGAUACUAUAGGUGGACCAGAGACUGAGAGAAUCGGCAUUAAUUUUUUGAAAAGAGGUGGACACUAUAUGACACUCCAGGGGGAAGCAGCAUCAUUGGCCGAUAGAUAUGGAUUAGCCGUUGGGCUCCCUGCAGCUACAGCAAUGUUACUUAAGAAACAAUUUCAGUACCGCUACUCUCAUGGAAUAGGAAGAACAUAGGACUGUGCUCAGGAGUGUUGUGUAUAAUCGGCAUAACUCGUCAAUGUAAAAAAAUUGACUGAAGAAAAGGAAAAGCUGGUAUACUGAGUAUAGGGAUUGAGGAUCAUCAGGCGGGCAGAUCAAUUAGCUUCUGAACUUGAUAACUGUCACUUUUUCCUGUUUUUUUAUUUGUUUCAGUUCUUCCAUUUAUUGCUUGUGAAAGUUUUCUUUUCAUGUUCAAAUUCAUGCCCCUAGGCUCAUUGGAUAGAAUGCCCAUCUAAUGAAUCCCGUUGUCUUUGAUACUACAUUGUUGUUCCUUCCCUUGUGCUAGUAUACUUUUUACAUAAACUGGUUUAAGAGGAAAAGGCAUGUCCUGUUGAAUGUGUCAGUCAUGCCUCACUUUACAUAUUCAUCUUCCUUUUGCCUCCUGUGGUGGCAGAAUACUUUUGGACAUACAUGAGGGCCGACUCUGAAGGUUUAGUGCAGAUCCGCAGGCUAUCAGAAGCCGGGAGAUUGCAUAUACCUGUUGAUAAAACAU